AUGGCUUUCCAUUUAACGCCAACACCCAUCUGUUUCGGACAACAAGGUGCAGGCUAUAACGAAGCCGUCGUCAGCUCCCGGAGCUCUGAGAAGCCCGAUCCGCGAAAAAAUGGGACCGGAUGGUCGACUGCCGGGGAUGUGCUACUGUUACAUGGGACAUUGGCUUUCAACCACGGUGAACCUUGGAAGUGCUGCCAAACCAAAACGGACUGUACGAUGUAG